AGUCUUACACGAGCUUCAAUGAUAUCAUGCAAAUGGGAUACAAAUGCGAGUUUUUGUGCGAAAACAACAAUGCUGCCUGUGAUCGUGAAAAUGCUAAAGUGUAUGACUUUGAGUGGAGAAUCAUGUUGAAUGCAGUGAAAAACAGAGAAGAAAGAAUAAGAAAAAAAGAACAGCCAUAUAUACACAGCAACACCAACAACAACAACAUCAGCAAGAGCAAGAACAAGAACAGCAGCACCGAAUAUGUACGACGGAAUUUCCAUUCAAAAAGAAUCAAUAAAAUGUUAACAUGCUGAAGCGUUACACUAAGAAUGUAACUUAAAACGAUAUGCAAGUGUAUCGAAUGUGCAAUAGAUAGAAAAGAAAAGAAGCGAAGCGCAAUAAAAAACAAGAGAACAGAGCAACUGUGGAUUAUUUACGAGAGAGAGAAAAAUAGGCAAGGAUUGAAGCAAGAACAGAAAGAGAGAAAAAAACGCAAUCGAAUUCGCUGGGAAAAGUUUGCCGAUCAAUUCGGGAAGAGCAAUCGAGAAGAAAAAAGCAACAACAACCACAAAAAGAACUACGAAAAAAAUAGCGACGACGUCGACUACGUCGAAGAAGAGCAACAAGCACAAUAAUUGACCUCACAUGCACUCCUUUUCGAUGUGUAUCAAACCAUGAAUCGAUUGCGUUGAAGACGAAGAAAGUGUGACGACGAAGAGAAAACCAGCACGAAUGCCUCCAUUCCCCUUGCAUCGGUUAUGACUAGCCUAGAAGUGGUGCAAUGAUGUUGUAUGCUUCUACACAUUAAGGUUAAUUGACUGAAACCAAUCGAACUGAACUGAACAUAACAAUUCAUUCUAUUGCAACGGUUACGACUGUGCAUCAAACGAUCUCAUAAAGCAAUGCAAAGCGGUAAUGAUUACGCCGAAUUAUGUGAUCUAGGACCAUCAAGAUGGUCGUCCUCAUCAAGAAACUAUCAUCAACCACACAGUUCAUUACAUCAUACAUCCACAUCGGCUAGCACCAGCCACAUACGUUCAAAUAGUUUUGAAGCUGAAGACAUUAUCGAACCCUAUGGCAAUUCAUCACGCAUUACAAACAGUACGAGCUCAUUACGAGCCACUGGACGAUAUUAUUCACCGCCGGGCACAUCCUACACAAUCAUCGAACGUCCUCAUUCGCCACACUAUUAUCCACAACAAAAUCCACCUAAGGGCGGUUCACUCCCAAAUCGUGGAGCUUAUUUGGGUUCCUCAUCACACAUACCGAACGCGAACGCACCGAUGCUAGGCACUGGCAUCAGCUCAUCGUCGGUUAAUGUUUCUUCUUCAAGACAUGCCAGCAAUAUCAACAAAAAACGGCCAAUUUCACCGGAACAAGUGCUUCGUUUGUUCGGCACGACAACAUCCUCAUCUUCGGCGCCUAGCAAUUACAAUUAUAGCAAUGGUAUUGCUCGUGAACGUGGCAGACGAAGCCCGGCGAGUAGUCCACCAUCAACUACACACCAUGUGAAUCGAACACUGCGAGAACGUGAACGGGAUCGGGACCGAAGUGUGACGAAUAUCCAUGAGUUGUCAACACGAACGGUGACCAUGUCGCGUGACCAACAGGAUUCGCAUGGUUUUGGCAUUUGUGUGAAGGGCGGUAAAGAUGCUGGCCAUGGUGUGUAUGUAUCACGCAUCGAAGAAGGUUCUCUGGCCGAACGGGCUGGUUUAAGACCGGGUGAUUCAAUUCUCGAAGUAAAUGGUACACCAUUUACAUCGGUUAGCCAUGACGAAGCAUUAAAGCGAUGUGUACAGAUUUUAAAAUCAUCAAGACAAAUAAGUAUGACGGUACGGGCACCGCCGAUGCUUAAUUCAACGGCACCAUUGCAUGGUUUUGGGCCACCGUUACGCGAUGCCUACAAUCACCCAUCGAGGCAAACGUGUUCGUGGAUGGAUCGACACGGACGACCCACCUCACCACCAGUCGAAUAUGGCGGCCGAAAGCACGAUCGACGCGAUCGCAUCCGAAAUGUUGAACUGCUCAUCGAGCCCGGACAAUCGCUCGGUUUGAUGAUUCGAGGCGGUGUCGAAUAUGGUUUAGGCAUCUUUAUUACCGGCGUUGACAAGGAUAGCGUUGCCGAUCGCGCUGGAUUAAUGAUUGGCGAUCAAAUUCUCGAAGUGAAUAAUCAAUCAUUCUUGGAUGUAACGCACGACGAAGCCGUUAGCCAAUUGAAAUAUCAUAAGCGAAUGUCACUAAUUGUUCGAGAUGUCGGCAAAGUACCUCAUUCGUGUACUUCCGUUGAGCCUGAACCUUGGGAUGCUUACAGUCCAACUGAGCCAAGGAACAGAAGAAAAUGUCCUAUAUCUGCUAUGGUAGAAGAAAAAGCACGAUCUUUAUUACCUAGACAUAAUUUUGCUAGUCUUUCAUAUUAUAUAAACGAAUAUGGUAGUAGAGGGAUGACCAUUGAUGCCUUUGUCUCGGUUUUAUUAGAAAUGUUAGAUACCCCAGAGAAACAUACACUGGUUACCGAAAUUAGAGAGUUAGUAUUUCCAGAAGAUCGUACACGAUACGAUGAACUUGUGUACAGUAGAGAUCCGUACUUGAGUGAUCGAGACAGACAUAGAGAUUACAUGAGUAACGGAACACGUUCGAAUCGUGUUAGUGAAUCACAGCUAGCGAGAACGGAAUAUGGCCAUGACGCGGGGGGCUAUCUCGAAGGGAUUCGUUCUCAUUUAGGUGGUUUAACACAACGUGUCAAAUCUUGGUACUGGGGCCGACCGCUUGAACUAGCAACCAAACUGUCGAGAAGCUUUGAUAUGAAAGAAGAAUCGGGAAAUCUACUUGGCGGCAACUUGCGCAGGCAUCAGUCAAUGCAGCGUUUGUCGGGUGAACAUCCGAAUGGAUUAUCAAACGAUCCAAAUCACGAACACAAUCCACACGUCGUACCUGAUCAUAGAGGAAAUUUACACAUUACCGUUAAAAAGACAAAACCAAUACUAGGAAUUGCGAUUGAAGGCGGUGCAAAUACGAAACAUCCGUUGCCGAGAAUCAUCAAUAUCCAUGAACAUGGAGCUGCAUAUGAAACUGGUGGCUUAGAAGUUGGUCAACUGAUUCUUGAAGUAGAUGGUAAUAAAGUGGAAGGAAUGCAUCAUCAGGACGUUGCACGCCUUAUUGCCGAAUGCUUUGCCAAUCCGGAUAAGCCGGACAUCACAUUUUUAGUGGUUGAAGCGAAAAAAUCAAAUUUAGAACCUAAACCGACUGCACUGAUUUUUCUAGAGGCCUAACAUUUGCUUGCCCUGCCGGCUAGCCAUCCAGAGGAUAUUGAUCAACAACAGUGUGGUAUUGACUUGACCAAACACGCUCGUAAAUGAAUGCUCGAUUGUGGGAAAAUUCUCCGAUUCAAGUUAACAGAACAAAAAACAACAAUUACAACAACCUAAUUAGCGGCUAUACCCAAACACCACCAUUGAAAACAACCAUUCCAGCGACGGUGGUCAACGUGUGUGUCACGCAAAAAAUGACACUAGCUAAAAAAAAAAAGAACAUUUUAAGACGGAACGAAUUUUUAUCAACAUAUGCGCUGUACAGAGUGUUAUCGCUAGCUUAAUGUAUUAGGAAGCAUACACAAGCCUGAACAAAAAAAAAUCAUCUCAGUAAAUCAAUCACACUAAAAAAACAACAACAACAACUAUCGUUACGUUUGAAGUUGCCUAUUCUGCACGCAAAUAGUUUUAAAUGGAUUUCGAGCAAUUUAGUCAGUUUAAUCAAUGAACAUUUCGAAGUGAAUGAAGUUGAAAACCAAUUUUUUUAGAAAAAUUUUAAUCAGAAACUUACGAAAAAAAAAACGAGAGAAUUCCAUACAAAACGAAAAUCAAUGUGGAUAUAGAUGAAACACUUGAAUGUUAAACUACCAAAUCAAUUCUAUUGGUAAAAUCAAAUUCAAGCCACGAUUCAAGAAUUACUCCCAUACACACAAACAAACACACUCACACAUAAAAAAAUGAACACAAAUCUAUGAAUAUCUAUGAAAUUGCUAUCAAUUAGGAAAUGCGAAAUCAGAGCAAUCAAUUAAAGAAAAAAUUUAACAAAGAAAAAAAAAUGAUGAAAAAAAUGAUGAAUUAAUCGUUAUGUUGUUUUCCUAUUAGACAAAUUUAUGAAAUGGAAAUUUUGCUAGACUAUGAAAUUUGAAACUGAAGCAUCAUAUUAAUUUUUAUCGUAGUUACUCUAGUAGGUAUUUGUUGCCAUUCAAAUGUUUUUUUUUCGUCUUUCGUUAUUUCUUUUUCUUCGUCUUGUUUCGGAUCGAUAAGAGAUUUACUCGCGUCACUAUUUCUAAUCACGUCCUAUUGUGCUUUGCACGCACACGCAAAUAGCAUACACAGUUUUCAGAGCUGUGUGACGUUCUCAUCGUGAGAACAUAAUGUCCUAACAUUUGACUUAGGCCCAAAUCGAACCUAUAUCACUUCUCCUGCAACGAUCAAAAUAUACACAAGUCAAGAGAUUGAGAGAAAAGACAGAGAAAACCUAGGAAAAAACAGUAAGGAAUGUAAUUUCGCCUUUUUUUCGUUUGAACAUUUCUUAGGCAUAAAUGAAUGGUUUGGAGCGAAAAUGUAAUACAGAAAAGUUUAGCGGAAAAAUGUCGAUGAUGAAUGAGCGGAAAAGGGAUAGCUAUAUAGUAAACUGUGUAGUAAACUAUAGUGAACUAUAUAGCCAUCCCAUUUCAUUUGACAUUUUUCCGCUCAACUUUUCUGUAUUACAUUUUCGCUCCUAACCAUUCAAAUAGUCUACAUACAUCUUCCAAUGAAUGUGUGCAGUUUUUCAUCAGUUUCUCAUUAUUUUUCAUUUCAAAACGAAUUUGCACAGAAAACUCACUCUUUAACUGAACCCGUGAGCAUAAAAACGAUUUAUUAAACAAUCGCCGAAUAAAACGAUACAAGAAAAUACUACCGAACAAAACGUACCACAGCGGUGAUGUGUAGCACAGCGGAGUUUCGUUUUGAACGGUACCGUCCUGCUGUGUUACGUUUUUAACGUGUGUUUUGUUUGGUAGUUUUUUCUUGUAUCGUUUUGUUCGGCGAUUGUUUAAUAAGUCGUUUUUAUGCUCACGGGUUCAACUAAUUAUC